AUGCGGGAGCGGACGGCGCGGCGCGGUGGCGAGGUGCCGCUGCCGUCGGGGCUACGGCGGCGCGAGACGACGGUGCAGGCUCUGUGCCGGGGCGAGCGACGCGACUGCUUCCAGCGGCAGAACAAGAUCGCGGCGGGAGAUUACCACAGCGUCUUCGUGAGCGAGGAGGGGCGGCUCAUGACGUGCGGCACGCACUCUUUCCGCGACAACCCGCAGCCCAUUCUGGGGCACAGCGAGCUGGAUGAUGAAGAUUUGCAAGUCAUCGGUGGAGACUCGGUGCUGGUGGUGCCGAGGCCGGUGGCGGGGCUCGCGGAUGUGCGUGUGCGCACCGUGGCGACGGGAUACGCUCACACGCUGGCGGUGAGCGAGGCGGGCGCGGUCUACUCCUUCGGCCUAGGCCAGAAUGGGGAACUUGGCCAUGGCAACGAGGCUGAUCAGCACACGCCGCGGGUCAUCGAGUCCCUGCGCGGCGUGCGGGCGGUUGCGGCCUCGGGGGGCCUCGAGCACAGCCUGGUGCUGAGCGCGGCAGGCGAGGUGUACUCCUUCGGUGCAGGAGAUCGCGGGCAGAUUGGGCACGACCCACACUCUCUGUUCGCCCCGUCGCGUGACUGGCACCAGCCGCAGCAAGAGGUGACAGAGCGCCUCCAACUGACACCCCGCGUCAUCGACUCGCUUCAAGGCGUCAGGGUGGUUGCGGUUGCAGCAGGUGCGUACCACAGCCUGCUGCUCAGCGAGGCACAACACGUGUACUCGCUUGGUGGCGGGGGAGCGACGCGCCGGUCGUCGUCUAGAGGGAGGACGUCUCGCUUCACGGGGCCGCAGUGGACGCCGCAAAUCAAUGAGGCUCUGCGAAGGGUUAACGUGGUUGCAGUGUCGGGGGGUCUCUUUCACAGCCUGGUUCUCAGCGAGCAGGGCCACGUGUACGCGUUUGGCAACGGCAGCCACGGUGAAUUGGGCAAUGGCAGAGACCACAACUCGACACUCUAUGAGUUCACGAGUGACGGCCUGCAGCAGAUCAACGCACGCAUUCGUGCGCAGCAGAGAGCUCUUGCAACGACUGAUGCGUUUGGACGCCAUGGUUAUGAGGGUUUCCGUCACUCCAUGACCCUUGCGGACGAAGCGGUGCCGCGAUUCAUUGAAUCGCUGGGUGGCGUCCGGGUGGUGGGCAUUUCGGCGGGAGGGAGCAUGCAAACAGGAGGAACGGGCCACAGCCUAGUGCUUAGCGAUGAGGGCGAGGUUUACUCAUUUGGCUGCAACGGAUACGGCGAGCUUGGGCGCAACUUCGAUAACGAGAGCGAGGAGCUCCCCACCUCAGUGCCGCACGUCGUUGAAACGCUGCGAGGGACGAGGGUGGUCGAGAUAGCUGCGGGGGGCGCCUCGAGCCUCGCCGCCACGGACAAUGGCGCUGCGUACGGCUGGGGCCGGUCUGAAUGCACGGGGCUAAGGGAGCAGGAGUGGAUUCUUUAA